AUGCUGGAGGACCUAACCGUCCGACUCCCCUUGAUGGAUGCAAUGCAGAUGAUGCCCUCCAUGCGCAGCUUUAUGAAGGGAUUGAUCUCAGGAAAAAUAUCAGAGGAGAGCGAGUUCAUGACGGUUUCCAAGGAGUGCAGCGCAGUUCUUCAGAACAGGCAGAUAAAGAAGCGAGGAGACCCCGACAAAUUUGUCCUCUCUAUCCAGAUUGGGAAGACAGUUUUUGCAUGCUCUUUGGUUGACCUUGGGUCCAGCGUGAAUCUCAUGCCUUACUCUGUGGCUCGACGUCUAGGAUACACGCAUUUCAAACCAACUAAGAUGUCAUUGGUAUUCGCAGAUAGAUCAGUCAAAUCCCCGGUUGGUAUUCCAGAGGAUCUCCAUGUAAAGGUCGGGAACACCUCUGUUCCAGCAGACUUCGUUGUUCUAGAACUGGAAGAAGAGUCUAAAGAUCCUCUCAUCUUGGGAAGACCAUUCUUAUGUACUGUUGGAGCCAUCAUUGAUGUGCAACAGGGGAAGAUUGAUUUGAAUCUUGGAGACAUAGUUAUGCAGUUCGAGAUGGAUGAGUUGCUAAAGAAGCCGAUGUUGGAUGGGCAGACCUUUGAGGUUGAUGAAGGGAUUGAUCCGCUCCAACCUCGAGAAGGAAUGAUCGAGGAGAUUCUUACCAAGACCCACUGGAGCUUGCACUAG